AUGGCCGUGUAUUAUUUUUUACUGAUCCUGGCCUCGAUCGCGCACGCGAGCCCGGUUUCGAGGAACGAGUCGAACAUACUGCGAAUCGGGAAAUCUCGCGACACGGGAGCGGUGGCGAAGGAAAGGGUGAAGGGAAACUCGAACGACACCGAUUACAAGGAGGAGAGACAGGCGUCGAAGGGCGGUGGGCUGGGCCAGUUGGCGAUCGGAUUCGGUAAAAACAAUCCUGAGCUUGAUUGGAGGAAUUAUUUGAGGCUGAUUGACGGGAACGAGCAACGCGACGAUCUCGAUAUCGAUUUCAUGGGGGAGAAGGUUGGAACGACGGCGAACAGUAUCCAAUGGCUGGCAGAUCUUUACGAUCCUCUCAAAUGGUCCAGAGUGCCUGGUAAACUCGGCAAGGAUUGCAGGAAAGAGUUGGAAUUCUUUCUCGAGUCUCUUCGGGAUGGAAAGCUGUGGGCCGCCAAGAUGUUCGACGCAAGUGGCCGUUACUCGUCGCAAUUCCAUUUUGGAAACGGGUUCUGGCUUGGCUCGAGCACCCUCUGCAAGGAGCUGAACGCCACCAAUAACAAAAUUCAUCGGGAACUCGACGAUACACCGCCUUAUCCAUUGAAAUUUCACGUGGCUAGGAUGUACUUAACAUUGCCCAAGGAACUCGAGUUGUCUACACGACAAGUAUUUUUGGGUCUUUGUCUACCGGCUACGUGCAACCAAGCAUCCCUGACCUCGAUGCUGAGAGCGAACGCGGAUCGCGUCGAGCGAGAAGGUAACCUAACUUAUCGAUCGUACGGGCCGAAGAUUCACAUCGUUGCAGUGAGACCAGUGCCUUCGAGCAAUUACACCCUUUGGCGCGAUCCCAAGUUCUACGUUCUUUCAGGGAUCGGUGGCGCGAUGUUAUUUCUAAUGCUGUGUGCUGCCAUCUACGAGUACAAAACGAUGCCAAGCGACAAGGAUGCGGAGUCGUUAAGCGUGUCGAAUAACAACGAGAGACUGAGUAAUUUUUCGAAUAAGAAUUUGAAUCAGGAUCACGGAGUGGUUCAAGAAAAUGGGGAGGAGUUGAUCGAGAAAGGGAAAAACUUGCAAAAAGAUUUGCCUGACCACUCGAAAAAGAACAAAAAGGGCUUCUGGAUAACGUGUCUGACAGCGUUUAAUCCUAUAAGGAACGGGAGCAAGAUUAUUAGCACCGAACCUGCCGCAAGAGAUAGUCUGACUUGUUUGCACGGAUUACGAGUGUUUUCAUUGGGAUGGGUGGUCAUGGUGCAUACCUAUCUUCAAGUUUUUUCCAUCGCUGAGAACAAAACGCUGCGUACAGUGACAGAGCGAAAUUUUAUGUUCCAAACAAUUAGCAAUGCCACCUUCUCCGUAGAUACAUUCUUCUUCAUUAGCGGAUUGCUAGUUACGAUUCUCUUCUAUCGAUCUUCGGGAAGCUUGAAAACCAACGAGGACAAAUUUUGGAGGACAUGCUUCACCAAAUUUGUCAUCAUGAUCCUCUACAGAUUUAUCAGAUUGACACCGGCCUACCUCUUUGUCCUGGGGAUAAACGAGAUUGUCAUGAAGCACAGGGUGCCAAGGUCAGUAUUCACGCCAGCGGCCAUCGACCACUUCACGUGCGAGAAAUUCUGGUGGAGGAACGCCUUGUAUCUGAACUCGCUUUACCCUCGAAGCGAAAUGUGUAUGUUGUGGAGCUGGUACAUGGCAAACGAUACGCAGUUCUACGUUCUUGGAAUACUUUUGUUGCUCCUGUCUAUCAGAUACUUGAAGACCGUAAUAGUGGCGAUUCUACUACUCGUCGUCUCUUCGUGGUUCACCACCUUCUCCAUGGCUUAUUCCAACGAUUACAUAGCCAGAAUUCAAGAACCGUUCGCCCUUUUCGACGAGCUGUACGAUAAACCAUGGCUAAGAGCUGGCCCCUACUUCGUAGGGAUUAUCACCGGUUAUAUCCUGUUCAAGACGAAUUGCAAAUUGAAACUGCCCCUGAUCGCCCGGUUGAUCGGCUGGGUAUUAUCCACAGCCAUAAUGUUCUCGGUUGUUUACGGCCUGUAUCCCGGAAAUUUAACCGUGCCAUUGAGUUCCGUGUACGCCGCCUUAGGACACACCGCGUGGGCGAUCGGCGUAUCCUUCAUCGUGAUUCAAUGCUGCACCGGCUCAGCCACAAUGAUCGACAGCCUGUUGUCGCUCAGGCUGAUAUAUCCGCUAUCGAGGCUGACUUACUGCGCCUACUUGGUGCAUCCUAUCAUAAUGUUGAUCACAGCCAGCCAGAUGGAUGGCCCGUUGCAUUUGCACAAUGACAUAGUGCUGAUUCUAUACUUUGGCAAUCUGGUAGCCUCUUACCUGAUGUCGUUCUGCAUUUCAAUCGCGUUCGAGGCGCCGGUAGUCAAUCUGCUCAAAAUCGCUUUCAUCUCGAAGAAGAGGGUAAGGUAG